GAGCAGCGCUGGCUGCAGGCGGCUCGGGACUUCGUUCGGCGGGCGCUCCCGGACGGGCAGGAGCCGGCCGCGCUGGAGGCGGUGCUGCGGUGCCUGCGGAGCGCGGGCGGCGGGACGCUGCCGCUCGGCUACAGGUGACGGCGGCGCGGGGGGACGGGGCCCGGGCCCCGCGGUGCCGGCUGCGGGACGGGGUAACCGCGGCCUUCCUGUGGCCUCGGGCUGCCCGCGGUGUCACCGAGCACCGUCUGCCGGGGGACAGCGGGUCACCGAAGCUGCCUUUGCACGGCAGCUUCCCGGCUGGAUCCUGCGGGGACCCUCCCGGGCUCCGAACCUGUUGGCCAGCUCAGCUCAGCGCUCGGGUGUGCGCUGUUAAAAAAGGGGAGCCUAGGAUAACGUGGUCCGUAUGUUAGUUGCCAAAAGGCUUUUGAGUGCUUACCGUCAUGAAAAAUAUAUCCAUAUUGGAAUGUUUGGCUUGUCUGGAUCUGUUUCUCGCUCCAGCUUGCAGGAUAAUUAAAAUCUCUGGCACGACCUGUAUUGGGAGAAAACAUCAACUGGAAUUGAUUAGGGAUUUGUGACUUUUAACAAUAGUUAAUAAAUGUAGGUGGUUGAUCUUCCACACCAGCUAAACUUAUCUAAUUUAAGCCAUAUAUUUUCCUGUGUAUUUAUGACAUUUAAACCAGACUUUGGUUCAUUUUCAGGAGAAUCUAUAAAGAAGAGUUGAAGUACUUGGUAUUUAUCUCCUGUGAGGCCAGUAGUCUGUUUGUGUGCUGCAUCCACAGCUAACCACCAAGCUCUAGAGCACAAGGAGAGAGUCUCUUUGCUGCUGUAUGUGAUAACCAUGAGCCAGUGUCCUGCUGUAGUUCAGGUUUCUCCCAAAAAGCGCUCAACACAUUUGAUAAAAACAUGGGCAGCACUGUGCUUUUGUGGAUCAUAGGUACCAGUGUUAUUUCUGGUGGUGCUCUGUCUCCGAAGAUGGAGCAGUUUCAGCUAAUGGAAUUUUCAGCUAAUCCCCUGUUCAUUUUCCUGCAAAAUGCACAGCAUAAGUACCUGCAUAAAUUUAUGUCUUCUGAUUAAUUUUUCUGUAUCCAAUUACUGUUUAUUGCUGAUUAAGACCCAUCACUCAUCUGGACUCGUUUCUUGCUUUGAACUUUUGAUCCCUGACUAAUGAAAUGAAACUCUUCAAAUUCACACUCUUUGAAUUUGAUUAUGUCCUACUACUGAGCAAGUGUGUGUUGUGAACAGAGCUCCGGUUUCACAACCUGAAAUUGUCAGUGAAACUCACUGGAAACCAGUACCAAAAUCACAGGCUGGAGAACAGUUUGUGUUGGCUCUUUCAGUGUGGAUAUUAGGGUACUUUGCAAACUGAGUUCUUGUACAUCCUGCUGUAUUCUUGCUUUUUACUUUCUUUUUUUUCCAGUUUCAUCUCCAUCUCUGACCUGCAGCAUAAGCAGCGCAUACCAUGCUGCAGCCACCUGAGCUGGAGCACUAAGGAAUUUAAGGAAUGGUCUCAUCAAGGACAAGGUGCGUUACCCAUGCAGCGCACUUUGCCAAGGACUUACCUGAUCCUGGUUGGCUAUUUAGCAGAUGGAAGGCAAGAAGACAAAGAAAAGCUGGUAGAUGGUUGCCUAUACGUGAAGGACAAUACUGGGAUAAUUCCAUGUGAGCUCUUGCACUUUGAACUGGACUGGCUGGAGUCGCUGUUUGUCUUCCCAAGCUGGUCAUAUAUACCACAGACAGACCCGAAUGCAGCAGGGUACUUGGAAAUCCUGGUGGAUCCAGUGCCAGUAAAUGCCCCCAGGGAAGUACUUCACAGCAUUCCAGUCACCUCCCCCGUGUCAGCUGAGCCACUGCUUACCUCCAGGAUUCCAUGUAAGAAAAGAUCAAAGCUUACUGUAGCAGGGGAAUUGACCAGACUUGGGCCUCUCCUUUGUGUUCACCACAAGACAUUCUUCUUUCUGUUUCUGAAGUGCUUUGCAUCUGCUGUUUGUGUCCCUGUGCUGGUGCAAAAACCCAGCCAGCUGCUGUGGCAUCGUGUCUUCCAGCUGGGUCACAGGUACACAAUCACAGGCCUGAGUAUGUCCAGCCUGAAGAAAUCUGGACAAACGAUUUUUGUCACCAGUGUUUCUUCCUGCCUUCUGCCCUACUGUGCAGAGCAGGUGAGGGAGCAGCCACUGAACAGUGCUUCACAAGGAGAAUCCACUCAGUCUUCUUCCCUGGAGACUCCUGAGCAGCUCAGUUGCUCCUUGGAGCUGGGGGCUGAAGAGGAGAGACCAAGACCAACCAAAGAGUCCAAGAUCAUCUCCUAUGUGGGAUUUGUCACCAAAGUACUCAAUGUCCAAGCUGGUCUCUUUUUACUGGAUAACCAAGUCUGCUUGUGCCUUGCUUACCAGCCACUGCUGAACUCUGCACGGGGCCUCCGACCGGGAGCCUGUGUGGAGCUCAUCGACGUCCACCUCCUGCAGAAGCCUCUGGUGUCCUUCCCUUUCACGGUACUCGGUGCUUGCCUGAACAGCAUGGUUGUGCUGAAGAGCUUCUCAAGGCUCAGCACCCCCUACCAGCCACUGGCCCCUUCAGGAAAUCUCUGCCUCCAGCUGCUCUUCCGCUUCAGUCUGGGAAUGCCGCUGUACCUCUGGCUGGUGAGCCUCCUGGAGAUGUUUGAGGAGAGGUUUUCUUGUUUCUUUGGGUGCCGUCAAUUGCUUAGCUCUGUGCACCAAAACCCUGGAGCUGCUGAGAAGUUCCUUGCCCCCCUUCUACAAGCUAUGGAGCCAGACAGAGAAGAAGCAAGAGAUAUUUAUAAUGAAAUUCUAUCAAAAAAACACCAGUGUCCCCUGCAGAAAUAUUUGACUCUGAGCCCUCCAUGCCAGGCCCCUUCUCUGUCUGCAGUUUGCCGCAUGGCAGAACAGAAGAGCUGGGAAGGCUUCAGUCCAUCACAGUUGCUUUCCCCCUUGGAGGCACAGCAUAUGGGCACCCAGGAGCUGAAUCGCAGACUGGCCUGGUCCUACUGCACACUCUCAGCAGAAAGUUUCCAGCCCCAACUGAUACUGCAAGGUGUGCUGAGGGUCUCCUCCAGGAGCAGUUCCCUCCAGCUGCAGGACAAGAGAAGCGCACUUCGCUGUGUGAUCUCCCAUAAGGAUGGCAGCCCCUUUGCCCAGACUGCUCUCAUAGGAUCACUCUUGCAGGUGGAAAACUACCAGCUUGUAGUGGAGAGAUUCCUUAAGACUGAUUUUCCCUCCUGGGAACACCUGGAAAAUCUGGAGCAUGUGAGAGAGAAAAAAACUAGCGUCUAUGUGCAGUUCUACUUGGAGGAUGUUCAGGUUCUCCAUGCUGCUGAAGGACAAAUCCAGAAAGCCCUUAGAAGUGGAAACAGCUCCUCUUUGAGGAAUAAGAAAGAUGGCAGCACAACAUCUGAGCUGGAAAUCCCAGCGGCAAAAAUGCUGAAAUUGGAGGAUCCCAAGGCAGAUACUGGCAGAGAUGAGAACUGUCAGGGGGGCCAGAGCAGCCCCAGAACAACGAACUGUGUAUCUCACCUGUUCUUGGUUACCCAGAAAGAGGGUCUCAUGUCACGCAAUUACCAACUGCCCGCAGGAGGUAAAGAAACACACGAGCUGCAGCCCAGUUUCCAAGCCACAGUGCUGUGGCUGGGCAGACCACAGCUCUGGAGCCACCCCAGAGAAAUUGGGAACUUGUUGGAACUGGAGGAGACUGGCUGUGAUGAAAAAGAGGGUGUGACGCAGCAAGAGCAGGCACUACUGCUCUUUAUGGGGAAGUCUCUGCGCUGGUUUCCAUUCCUGCAUGUGGAUGGCCUGUAUCGCCUCACUGUGCCCUGCUGCUCGGACUUGGAAGUGUUUUACAAGCUCUGUUCUCCACCUGUGCCAGCAACAUUCCUGAGCAGACCAUCCUGCCCCCUCUGCCUGCUUGUCCAAGAUAGCUGGCACUUAGAGCAUGAGACCUGGAUCUCCUGUCUGCCUGAGCACCAGCUGACAGCCCUGUCAGUGCUGACAGGCAUGGAGCAGAGAACUGCCUCCAUCCCAGAAGUGCUUAGCAGCAGUUUCACAGGUUCCCUUGUUUCUUUCUGUGGUGAGAUUGUGGAGAGGACCUUGUGUGCCUCUCCCAAGAAUGAGAAGCCACCUGGCCAUCCAAAGCAGAGAGGAACUCUGCUGUCCAGGGAUCACAGUGUGAAGCUCAGUGUCUCAGCUGCUCCAGGCUCCCCUGUUGUGAUGGACAUUUACAUUACUGCCACCUACCUGCAUCAUCUCUGGGGUUUGCUACCUGGAGCCAAGAUCCUCUUCCAGAACUUGGAACGCAAGAUCUCAAGAUUCCAUAAUGUUUAUUGCACAUACAAUGCCUCCAGCUGUGUGAGCAUCCUAUCUCUGCCAGCUUCCCACCUACCUUUUUCUUCUAGUCCUGCAGGAGAAGCCUCACCCCCCUCACUAGUGUUUCUAUCCAGCUUGAGACAGCUGCAAAAUGUGGCCCAGGCCCGGAUUUUAUGCCACUUGUCCUGUGUACUGACAGUGUGCCUGCAAUGGAUUUGCUCACUUUGCAGCUGCAUCUUCAAAGAGGGGAGGUGCACCCGACACAAUCCCCCAUGUCCGUCACAAACAGGAGUGAGGCAAGCCAGUGCACGGGUGCUGGUGGAAGAUGGAACAGGUGAAGCUGUGGUGCUGUGCAGGAAUGAACAUGUGGCAGCAAUGCUGGGCCUGAGCCUUCUCGAGUGGGAGGCUGUGCAGAACUGUGUGCAGAGCAGAGGCAGCGUGUGCAUUCAGCACAGGGAAGCUCCUGGAACAGGGUGUCUAGAGGAACCUGAGGAUCUUGUUGCCUGUUACCUAAGGAGUCUGUGCAGAAGUCCUCUCAUAUGUCGCCCUAUCCUGUUGGACUUCAGUCUAGACAGGAAGCCCUCCAAGAUCCUGCAGCCUGCUCCCCUGCAGCUGCGGAAUUUUCACUGUGGUGAAGUGGAGUUCGUGUCACGAGUGGGGCCUCGUCCAACCCUGCUGUGCCUGAAGGUGGAGGAAGUGGGACAAGAUGCCUUACGCUACCUGAACAGCCAGAGGAUGAGCAGGACAUCCAGUUCCUGCUGAGUGGGAGCCACUGCUUAAUAUCUCUCCCAGUGGGAGAGGAAUUAUGGAAAUACCUACUGUGAUCAGGAGCUUUUUAAAUCUCCUUUCAGGGGGAGCACAAGCCUGUGAGCACAGGGUGAAGCAUGCAGUCAAGCAGCUGCUGUGACUCAUGGGAUUCCUGAAUGGUCACUCUGGGCCAUUGUCAACCACUGACACUGGGCUCCAUUUUGGAAGAGAGCUGUUCAGUGCUUCCUAUGUGACAGCUCUUGCCUUGGGCCUAGGGCACACGGUGUGUGCAUUUUGUGUUGUAGUAUCUACUAAAUAAAGCUAUGAAAAUAUUACUUAAAGAACACUGUUUUAGUAUCUGUUUUAGUAUUCAGGUUUACUUGCUAUAUGGUGACCAUUAACAAAACUAGUAUGGUCUUCUUAACCUAAUUGAAAUAAUUAAAAUUACACUUUUAAAGCAUCUCCUUCAAGAAAAGAAAUGAAGUGAGUAAGCUGCUGUUUGGAGACUAAAUCACGGUGCUAAAUUACAAGAUUAUUUGGGCAUUGUUUUGCAGUUUAGCAGCAGCAGCCUGAACAUUAGGUGGGGCUGGUAAGAAGAGGCAGGCACUGAGCUGUGAUACAGGCAGUGGGUUUAUUGAGCAUGAGUGAAGUAUCUUCCCUCUCAAGGCCUGCUGUCCACUUCUGAGACCAAAGUGUGAGUGGCACAAGACCUGAUAGAUGCCACCAUUCAGUAACAUUGUGAGACUCCUUCCUAAAAGGUUGCCAGAAUAGCUUCAAGCAGAAGUCUUUGCAAAUGUUGCUGUGACAGCCUUACUUUCUGUGGGUACUUUCUGCAGAACAGAAAAGAUUUUACUAAAGCUUGUCUCCACCCUCCGGAAAGAAAGCAAAACAAAACCAAAAAAAACCCAAAAUUAACUGUCUCAGCCUGAGGAAAAUGUUGACUGUAAGUGAUAAGACAAAGAUAAAGUCUGGUUAAAAAGUGCAACUGAAAGUAGUCCUGUAAUACGAAUAACACAGUAGCAGACAGAAAUAGAUAGGAAGUACCUGAUAACAUUUAUUUAAGAAACAAAAAAGGAAAAUUCACCUCUAUUGUUUUAUCUGGGUUUGAUAACUUUGCUUCUGAAUUUGAAGCUUCCAGUAGUAUCUUACUAGUCUCUUUUUUCCUCAUGCUGUAUGUUAGUUUUCUGUCUGCUGUCUGCUUAUCUGUUCCUCUUUUAUUUCACAUUACAACUGCAAUCAUCACUCCUCAUACAGAACUUUAGAUAUGGUUUGUCUUUGCCAGGAUAUUCCAAGCCUGCUGGCAGUUUUCCAACCCAUCGCUGUUCUGCCAUUCACAUCUUUUUCAGCAGAGGAGUUUGAUUUUAGCAUUCUAACAAGAUGAAGGAGAUUAACUGCCUCUCUUAUUUACAGUUUUAUUAGUACAGUCAGAGAAUCACAAGACAAGAGAUGGGUGAAUCAAAUCUGUUUGGGGGGAGUUAAGAUUUGCUUUCUUUUAGUACUCUGAAGGAGCUGUUCUCUGCUGUAUUGCAGGAAACCCUUUUCCUGUUUGUGUCUGAAAUUCUGCCCAUGAUCAGAGUUCUGGUCACUGUGUUAGAUCAGACAAGGGAACAUAUCUUGUCCUACAAUCAGAACUUUUCCUUUAUGCAAUUCUCCUUAUCACAUUCCUUGUUCCCUUUGUGAAGCCAAACAAAAUAUCCUGUUGUUGGUGUGGGUAAGAAAUAAUGACACAAGAAAAAUCAGCUAAUUUCAUGUUUGUACUACAGUGUACUCUGGAACCAGCAGGAACUCCUAAAGCCUUCAGCCCCAUAGGGAGGAAAGCCUGAAGUGAGUUCUGCCAUCAAUGUAGCUGUAAUACCUGCUCUAUGUGGAAAGACAGACAUGUUCCUUUCAGCUGAUUUUCUUUAGCUCACCCUUUCACCAGUUCCCCUCCAGGUCCUAUCACCCAAAGCUAACAAAUACUGAAGGCAGCUGUCCUGUGCUUUGGCUGUGUAAGCCUUCUUUAUUCCAGGUCUGCAGGGAAUUGCUCAGGCUGGCAGCUCCCUCUAGCCAUGUUCAAGGUGUCUGUAGUAUUUAUUGGAGACACAACACUGUACUGUGGAGUUGUGUGAGUAAAGUGGGAGCAAGCAAGGCUUGUACUGUAGCAGGUCUUGUGAGCAGGGAGGGAGAGGAAAAAGCCCGUGCUGCCUUGCAGCUGUGAACUGCAGCCCAGGUCCAGGAAAUGGUGCCCGGGAAAGAAAAUGAGGGGACAAGUAAGAGCUGACAGUUGAUGGUGCAAGAGAAGGAUCUCUGUGGUUGCAGAAAGUGAUGGGAGAAGCUUGUGGGAGAGACAAGCCAUGUGUCCCACCUAAAGGUGGGGCUGGGAAUGAGGAAAGGAUGGGCAGAGGAGAAAGACAUGCGCUCCUCUUCGGGGAAAGACACACACUCUCAUUCUGGCAGGCUUGAGAUAGGUCUGCUGCUGUAGCCAAACUCCCUAAGAGCGCCUCCGUAUAUUGUACGUAUAUGAAUUUCUCUUCCCAAGCUUACCUGCAGGUCCAGCAGAGUUUCCAUCUGCUUUACAGAGGCUUUAUACUGACAGCAGGUACACGGGAAGCAGAAGCAUCCAGUGACAGGCUGGAAAGGAGGAUGACACUGACUCUGCAUUCAGGUUCACCAGCUGGAAGUUGCUCACCUUUGUAAAGCUGAAAUCUGUAGCAGAAGAAUUGUGAGAGGCUACUAGAACAGGAGCACAGCAGGGAAGGCAAAUAAAGUGUGUAUUUAUUCCUUCCCAUUUUUCUGAAUAUGGAUGAAGAUAGACCCUGCCUGUGCCUGUACUGGACACCAAUUGCAAUGAAGUCAUGGCUGUAGAAGCAUUAUGCCCCUUUUCAUGUAGAACGGAGAAGAUACUGAGGACCUUUAGAAAGCUUGAUUUUCUGUGAGUAAAAUGUCUUUUUGAAUAAAGGGAUUGGGCUGGAGUCAGA